AUGCGACAGCACAACCAAAGGAAACAACAAACGCAGCAACCGGCAAUGGUACUGGAUAUUUAUGCGCUGAAGCCUAUCAAACCGUCAACUCGUGGUGUCGAGGUUAAGCGUGCGCGGGUGCGCUCUGCCCUUGUAUCCGAUCGGGUGAAGCAGGCCCGUUUGCCCGACCUGUCAUUCUUCCCGUCCGCUGUUGUACAGAUCUGCCAGCGACUAGCAAAUUAUCAUGGUCGAUCGAUUAUUCUCGACGAUAGCGACUACGACUCGUUCGUGGAGACGCACGAGCAGUUCCGGCAAGACUGGGAAAUGCUGGACAAGGCUUAUUCCAUCGAGAUGAUCAAGACGGAGGGACUGCAUCUGCAACUUGAAGGGUUGCUCUUCGUGCGCGACGCCAUGGCGAGCAUCCAGAAGAUUUUGCACAGCAUCCAAGUAUCUGUCGAUCGCUUCGAUACGAAGUCGCACACGUCGCAGACCACAUCUGAUACACAAUAUUAA